AUGAUCGACUCGUCGUCAGAGAUUCCGUCGAUCAUGAAGCUACAAUACUUGCUGUCAUCGCUGAAGGGGGAUGCAUCGCUGCUCUUCGAGCACACCACGCUGACAGCCGACAAUUACGCCGUUACAUGGUCCGCACUACUCAAACGGUACGAUAACCCGCGCAUGCUGAUUCGGGAUUAUUUACGUAAAAUUCAUCAUCUUCCGGCUGUGAAAACGGAAUCAGUGGAUGAAUUGGCACAAUUAGUAGACGAGUUUACGUGUCAUGUAAACGGGCUGAAGAAGCUGAACGAACCGGUCGACAAUUGGGACUCGCCGCUUACCACCAUGAUGUUUUUCAAGCUGCACCCUUCGACCAUGUUAGCUUGGGAAAAGCAUUCGUCGCACCAUCCCAGAGAUAUGUAUAUGGAUCUUAUAGAUUUUUUACAAGAUCGUAUAAUCAUUCUCAGGUCAACUCGAACGUUUGCGCAAGACUUGGAGGUGAACCAGAGAAUGGUGGACGCUAACGAGCAAAACGUUGCAGUCAAGCCGAGAAGCGCCGUAAAUGCAGCAGCGCCUCGGAAUUCGUUUCAUGGCUACUCACACCAGCCUGCUUGUCAGUUGGGAUGUGUCGAGAACCAUAAUCUCCGCAGCUGUGCAGAGUUCGGGAAGGCGGAUAUUCAACAUCGUCGAGAAGUCGUGGCAAAAGAGCGGCUAUGCUACAACUGCCUAAACCCCAACCAUCAAGUGAAGUCAUCAUCGCCAGCAGCGAAUCCGCUCGACUACCAUCUCCGCUGUUACCGCUUCGGUUGUAACGCCCGGAACCAGCAGCACCAAGUCGUCGGCGUAGACAACGUCAAGUACCCCGUUGUACAUUAUGUUCCACAAUAUGGGGCGCAGAAUAGACCCCUGCGGGACUCCAGCAGUGACAAGCCGUACGACGGGACCCUUACUAGUGUCGUAAAACAGCUGACGAUCCUCGAAGUAGCUGCGGAUGAUGCGCUGCAGACUGAUCGGAACUCCUUUCGCCAGGAGAGCGCUGUCUCACACUGUGCCGAUGGCACUGAACUGAAUUUGAGUUGUCAACAUUGUAGCACACACAACGUAGGAAAUAAAGGCGAUUAG